CGGGUAGGAAGGUGAACGAAAGAUGGCGGCGGAGUCGCUGCUGUCCGGUCUGUUGGGGCUGCUGCUUCUGGGGCUCCUGUUACCCGCAAGUCUGACGGGCGGCGUCGGCAGCCUGAACCUAGAGGAGCUGAGCGAGAUGCGCUAUGGGAUCGAGAUCCUGCCGCUGCCUGUCAUGGGAGGCCAGAGCCAGGCUUCCGACGUGGUGAUCGUCUCCUCCAAGUACAAGCAGCGCUACGAGUGUCGCCUGCCGGCCGGAGCUAUUCACUUCCAGCGCGAAAGGGAGGAGGAGGCACCUGCCUACCGAGGGCCUGGCAUCCCCGAGUUGUUGAGCCCAAUGAAGGAUGCUCCUUGCCUGCUGAAGACCAAGGACUGGUGGACGUAUGAAUUCUGUUAUGGACGCCACAUCCAGCAGUACCACAUGGAAGAUUCAGAGAUCAAAGGCGAAGUCCUCUAUCUUGGCUACUACCAAUCGGCCUUCGACUGGGACGAUGAGACAGCCAAGGCCUCCAAGCAGCAUCGCCUGAAACGCUACCACAGCCAGACCUAUGGCAAUGGAUCCAAGUGCGACCUCAAUGGGAGGCCACGGGAGGCCGAGGUUCGGUUCCUCUGUGACGAGGGUGCUGGUAUUUCCGGGGACUACAUUGAUCGUGUGGAUGAGCCCUUAUCCUGCUCUUAUGUGUUGACCGUCCGGACUCCUCGGCUCUGUCCCCACCCUCUCCUUAGGCCCCCACCCAGCGCUGCUCCUCAGGCCAUCCUCUGUCACCCUGCCCUGCAGCCUGAGGAGUACAUGGCCUACAUUCAGAGGCAAGCUGUAGACUCAAAGCAGUAUGGAGAUAAAGCCCUAGAGGAGCUGCAAGAUCUGGAGCCGCAAAAGUGGGGUGAGGCCCAACCCGGAGCGGUGCCCUCAAAGAGAGGAGGUGCACAUCCAACCAAGGAUGACAGUAAGGAGUCCAAUUUCUGGAAGAUGCUUCCUGAGCCACAGGAGCAGACCCCUGGGGCAGCGGAGACACCGGCUGAGGAGCAGGAACCAAACCUUGAGGCCGCAGAUCCAGCUCCGGGCCCUCCCCAUGAUUUUCAGAACAACGUACAGGUCAAAGUCAUCCGGAGUCCUGCAGACUUGAUUCGAUUGAUAGAGGAGCUGAAAGGUGGAACCAAAAAGGGAAAGCCCAACGGAGGCCAAGAGCAGCCUGUAGGUGAAGCAGAAGUCCCUCAAAGGGAAGCAGAGGAGAAGGACAAGAGUGACACGGAUCAUCAGAACGAGGUGGAAGAGGAGGAAGAGGAGGAGGAGGAUGAAGAUGAAGAUGAGGAUGAGCAGCAGUUACUGGGAGAGUUUGAGAAGGAACUGGAAGGGAUACUGCUUCCAUCAGACCGAGACCGGCUCCGCUCUGAGGUGAAGGCCGGCAUGGAGCGGGAGCUGGAGACCAUCAUCCAGGAAACAGAGAAGGAGCUGGACCCAGACGGGUUGAAGAAGGAAUCUGAGCGUGAUCGGGCAAUGCUGGCCCUGACCUCCACUCUCAACAAGCUCAUCAAAAGGCUGGAGGAGAAACAGAGUCCAGAGCUGGUGAAGAAGCACAGGAAAAGGAGGGUUGCCCCCAAAAAGCCUCCCCCCAGCCCCCCACCAGCAGAGGAGGAUCCUGAACACAGAGUCCGGGUCCGGGUCACCAAGCUCCGUCACGGAGGCCCCAAUCAGGAUCUGACUGUCCUCGAGAUGAAACGGGAAAACCCACAGCUGAAACAAAUCGAGGGGCUGGUGAAAGAGCUGCUGGAGAGGGAGGGGCUCACGGCGGAAGGGAAAAUUGAAAUCAAAAUUGUGCGACCAGGGGCUGAAGGGGCAGAGGAGGACUCACACUGGCUGACUGAUGAGGACACGAGAAACCUCAAAGAGAUUUUCUUCAAUAUUUUGGUGCAGGGAGCAGAGGAGGCGCAGAAGGAGCGGCAGCGCCAGAAGGACCUGGAGAGCAAUUACCGCCGUGUGUGGGGCUCUCGGGGCGCAGAGGGCACAGGGGACCUGGACGAGUUUGACUUCUGAGACCACUUCUGCUGUUGGCCGGGCAAGGAGUCCAGAGCCUGCCUAGCCUGGCACUGCCUCCUCCCGCCCUGCACCCUGGGGCCCCUAGGGCAAAACAGCAGAGUAGGGCUGAGCGGUGGACCUGGCUUCCUCCCGCCUCCUGCCGCCUCCUUCCCUGGGGGGGGGGGGUAGGGGGCCCCGUGGGGUGAGCGUGCUGCUGCUGCCGUCACCCCUGCUGCCCAGAGCCACCCAAGACCUCGCAGGCCUGUGGGGUUUGCUCUCCCAGGCUUCUCCCCACAACCCCUUCCUUUUGUCCCUGGCUCCCCAUACCAGUCCCCUAACUUGUUGGUUCCUCUCCCCUCCCUCCCUAGAAAGUUGGUGAGAUCUUUUGAGCAAAGGAGGGCAGGGGGAGCAAGAAGAGUGGGGCGGCUCAGCAGGCCCCCCACGCCCUGCCUGAGCUGCUCCUCGGGGUCACCCCCUUCCCUUGGAUCAGCUGGGGAUCCCCUGCUCCUUCCCGUGCCCACAUUGUUCCCUACAAUAUGUGCUUCCAAGUUGAGGUGCCUUUGCCUCUGUUUCUGAGGAAAUGGGAGAAAGUUGCCCACCACCUCUGACACGAUCCCACUGAAAAGGGUGGGGUACAGAACCACCCACCAUGUUCUUGAACAAUCAGGUUUCUCAGUAAAGAACUGGACCAUCGA